UCAUAAAUACACACAGCAGAAUUGAGUGGGCGGCUUAAGAGUCUGCCAAAUUUUCCAACUUUUGACUAUUGUGCAUACAAUCUAUUAUUAUGCCACGUUCCAGUUGUCCUAUAUAUAUGUAUGACACAAUUCUCUAUUGAGUUCAUUACAUAACAUUGCCUACUUCUCUAUCUCUCUCAUUCUAUAUAAUAAAGACUAGACACAAGAGUCGUUAUCAACAUACUGUAUUUUGGGUUUUAACUUUUAAUUCAGUUUCAGCAGAGGACAAUAAUGGCUAACGCUCAUCAACAGCAGCACAAGAAGGCAUAUGGAUGGGCAGCAAGAGAUGAAUCUGGCCUCCUUUCUCCUUUCCACUUCUCCCGACGGGAUGCUAAAGAGAAUGACGUUACUUUCAAAGUGUUCUACUGUGGAAUAUGCCACACAGAUCUGCACAUGAUCAAGAAUGACUGGGGAAUGUCUUCAUAUCCUCUCGUUCCUGGGCAUGAGAUUGUUGGUAUAGUGACAGAGGUGGGCACUAAAGUGGCCAAAUUCAAAGUAGGUGACAAAGUUGGAGUCGGGUACAUGAUUGGUUCUUGCCAAUCAUGUAUUCAAUGCUCAAACAAUCUAGAAAACUAUUGCCCUAAAAUGAUUCCCACUUGUGGUGCCACUUACCACGACGGAACCACCACCCUUGGUGGCUUUUCCGAUGUAAUGGUGGCGGACGAGCACUUUGUGGUCCGAAUUCCAGACAAUCUACCACUUGACGCCACUGCUCCUCUCCUUUGCGCUGGGAUUACAGUAUUCAGCCCAUUAAGAUACUUUGGGCUUGACAAGCCUGGUAAUCAUCUGGGUGUAGUUGGGCUUGGUGGGCUGGGCCACAUCGCUGUCAAAUUUGCCAAGGCUAUGGGAGCAAAGGUUACUGUGAUCAGUACUUCUCCUAAUAAAAGGGAAGAAGCUGUUCAACAUCUUGGUGCUGAUUCGUUUUUGGUCAGUCGUGACAAAGAUCAGAUGAAGGUUGCCAUGGGCACGUUAGAUGGUAUAAUUGAUACAGUUUCAGCAGUCCACUCUCUUUUGCCUUUCAUUGGUCUUUUGAAGUGUCAUGGAAAGCUGGUUAUGGUUGGUGCACCAAACAAGCCUCUUGAGUUACCAGUUUUUCCUUUGCUCAUGGGAAGGAAAAUAGUAGCUGGAAGUUGCAUUGGAGGAAUAGAAGAGACACAGGAAAUGAUUGAAUUUGCAGCAAAGCACAAUAUUGGAUCUGAAAUUGAAGUCAUUCCAAUGGAUUACGUGAACACUGCAAUGGAGCGCCUUAGCAAAGGAGAUGUUAGAUAUCGAUUUGUCAUUGAUAUCCAAAACACGUUGAAGAAUUAAACUUGCUUAAUUUCUUCUUAUGACGAGACUAGUUUUUUCUUUUUCUAUUUUUUUUUUUUUUAAAAAAAAAAUGAUUUAGUAAAUUUUGGGUUGUGCUGAGUUUUAUGCAUAUGGUAGUUUUUGGAGAAA